AUGACAACAUCUGAAGGCGGAACAGUAACAAUACCACCAAGUGUAACACCUUCAACAAAUGAUUAUAAUAAUUCACAAUUUCAAUUAUCAUCUGGUGGAACAAGUGGUGGAUCAUCUUCAAAUAAUUAUUAUGAUAAUCAUAGUCCAAGUCAGAUAGCUUCAUAUUUUGCAUCUCAAGGUUUAGCUGGUUCAGCUGCAGGAUAUCAUGCUGCAAGUUUAAAUGAUCAGGUGAGGAAAAAAUAUAAAAAUGGGAAAUGAAUUCGGUAUCUGCUUGGAAUAAAAAAUAUCGAAAGAUCAAGCGAUUCAUCUUCUUUUCUAUCACUUUCUCAAGAACAAAUCUCUGACUUUUCGAAAAGUUGUCGGAUUUUUUAGAAAAGAAAAAAAGCUCAUGACUGAAAAAUUCUCGUUCAAAACCGCUUUUGGCAUAACUUUAUUAAAGUUUUAUAACAUUUUUUGAAAUGUUGAUUCAAACUUUAGAAAAAGUUCAGUUUUUGGCACUCACAUUUUGGGUGAAUUUUCCGAAAUGCUGACUCUAACUUUAACACCACUAGUCAUCGUAUUUGACACUAAAUUGAAGAUUUUCCAAAAAUCUGAACCUUGUUCAGAAAAUCGUCAUUUUUUGACACCAAACAUGAUAUAUUUUUAUAUUAUCAUUCUUCUCUGAAAAUGUUGAUUUUUCACGUUUUGGAAAAUGUUUCUAGCCAAAUUCCAGCUCUCAAAAAUUUUCAAGAAUAGUUUUCACUCAACACAAAAUUUAUCUCAAUUCAAUUUCAUUUCUAUUUUUCAUCUUUUUCUCUCUCAAAAAUAUUUCUCUGCCGACACUCAUUAAUCUAUGGCAACAAGAUGAGAAAAUGAAAAAUCGACCGAAUUGAAAAUAGAAAAUCGAUAAAACAUCGUGGGGUUCCAAAGAAAAUGGAGAAAAUGGAGAAAAUCAAUGUGUUUGAAAAUGAAAAUAAAACAAAAGAAAGAAAAACGAAAAAGGAAAGAUAGAAAUAGAGAAAGUGGGCUCAGUUUCAAGAUUAAUUGUUGUUUUUGGUGCAUUUGAGCAUAUUUUGUGUGUUUUUGCAGAAUAUGGGAUAUGCUGAUUGGAAAGAUGAAAAAGAUGAUGAUAAAGACAAAGAUGAUGAUUUGGAUAAGAAUUCAAAUGCAGCCGUUUAUCCAUGGAUGACAAGAGUGCAUUCAACUACAGGUUAGUUGAAUUUUUAUGACUUUGCGGGUUGGGGAGAGAUUGAAAAUCAUUUUUUCAAACAUUUGAUUUGGACUUCGGAUUGCAAACGUUGCGAGACCAAACGUGGGAAUUUUUUUAUUUGAAAAAUAUUUCCAACGCAACCAUAAGUCCACAGUUUGAAUUUUACAAAACAUUUUCUGGUAGAUCAAAAUUAUUUUUCUCUAAUUCUCUCCAUUUUCCGUUGUUUUUCAAAUCUUUAGCAAUUUCAAGCUGAUUCAUGAUACAAUUAGUUUCAACACAAUCCAUUCAGUCUAUUUUUUUUAUCCCAAAAUUUUUUCCCAACAAUAUUUCAUUAACUCGUUGUUGUUGUUGUUGUUGUUAUUUUGCAAUCUACUAAAGAAUGAGAAAGAAGAAGAAAAAAGAGACAAAACUAGUGUUGGUCAUAUUUCAUCAAAUGCCGGCUUCUCGCACUUUCAUAAAUCACUUCAUUCGAAAACAGUUGGGAAGAACAAAAACAGCCCAAAAAAUGAAGGAAAGAAAAAAUGUUGCCUUUUUUCGAGAUUUUUUUCGAGGCUUUGAGAGAAACAGAAGGAGCGACAAAAUAUUGUGAGAUGUUUAUCUGGGGGAAAAUUAUCGAUUUGAGAUUUUUAUAGCAUGAGUCAUGAAAUGUUUUAUGAAUCUAGCUUUUCAAAAGAAAAUUGAAAUUGUUUUCUAAAACGAUUAAUUUAAACUAUUUUUAACAAAAAUGUUCCACUCACAAAAAAUUGAGAAUUUCACGCUCCUUUAAAUUGUGCAUAUAAAUUCAAACAGAAAAUCUGUUUCCUACGCUUUCUUUUCUACAAAUGUUUUAUCCAAUAUUUGGAGCUGAAAAUAAGUUUAAUUAUUUAGACGCGCAAACAGUUUUACUUUUGGCGGAUUCAUAGAAACAUUACCAAAAAUUGAUGAAAACCAUUAAAAAACUAUCAGAAUUUUCUUGUCCAAGUUUAGCUUCAACUUCAGAAUUUCAAGGAAUAAUGAUUUGUUCUGGAUCCUUUUCCCCUUCCCAUCUGAUCUCCCAUUUUCAGUAUUCAUUUCCCUGUUUUCCUCCCACAUCUACAGUAAUAUUCAAUCUCCCUCUUUUCCCAUUUCAUCAACAUAUUUUUUUUGCUAUAAACAAAAUACAUAGAAAAUGUGCGGAGGCCCCGCGCUGUCCGCCAAAAAAGAAUAGUAGUAGUGGAAAGAAGAGAGAUGGCAUGUCGCGAACCGAUUUGUCUUUUUAGAGUCGUGUCAAGACUCGCCGACGGAAAAAAAGCAGACAAAAAACAGACGGACUGACGAACCAAAAAUAGUUAUGUGCAUGAAUAAAAAUAGAUGGAAAUCCAUGAUUUUUAAAUCAAAAAUGUAAUUAUAACUUCCGUAAUCUUGAUAAUAAGAAGAACUAUAAAGAAGCCUAAAGUUGACUAGAAAAAUAUCUUCUGAAAAAUACAAUUUAGAAUUUUUUUUUGAAAAAAUAGAAUUUUCCAGCAUAUUUCUAUCGAUUUAUCCUGAUACCCACAUCCUUCUCAAUUAAAAUCUGAAAAUCUUACACCAGAAAAGCUUCCCAAACAAAAAUGCAUCAAUCAUUUGAUACAGUAAGACAGGCAACCAGCCAAAAAUAGAUAGUCGUCGCGCGUCUCUUUGAUGUCCUUCCUUAUCUCUCGACAAAUUUUCGCAACAUUUUUUGGCUACCAACCAGACAGAUUACUGUAGAUAAUAAUAAUAAUAAUUAUUAUUAUUAUUGUUACACUUUUUUGGACGAGAAAAAUUGGGAAGAAAAGGAGAAGCUGUCAAAGUAUUUUGGCAGGUGUCGGAUAAAGAUGAAAGAGAAUCAAAUCGCAAAAAAGAAAAAGAAAAAGUUUGCCACAAGAUCGAUUAGGCGAAGAUUUGUUGUUAAACAUGUUCCCGGCGGUUAUUUUGAAAAUAAUAAGGGUCACUUUUUUGAGUAAUGAUGUUAGUAUGUGGCAAAUCAAAAAAAAGAGACAAGUGCCUCCUUUCCAGGUGCUUUUUGUUCAUUUUCAUUUUCCCAUCGAAAACAUAGAGACCAUAUGGCGGAUGAGAAGAGCGCCCAGCGACUUGUCAAAAAUCCAUUAUGAGAAAAACGAAUCGAAAUUACAUAAAUCGCUUUUUCAACACCCGAAACAUUUUGAUUUAUGUAGAAGGAGAGAAGUGGAGAGGGGUCGAGAAAAACAGACAUUUUUGAACUAUGAGGCCCUGAUCAUUUUUACAUCAUUUUAAAGAGAAAUUCUGGUUUGAACCUAGGAAGUUGAGAAAUUUCUUUGAAAUGUAGUUGAAAUCAAAAGAUCUGAAGCAGAUAAAUUUCUGAACUUUUUUUCAAAAAAGUGUUUAAUAUUGACCACAAAAUCCGAAUUUCUGGUUUUCUGAAUCAUUUUUGAUAUAUUUCAGAAAUUUAGAUUUCUGUCCAAAUUCUGAAACGGUCCUGAGAAACCUGACAAAUUCAUGUCCCUAAAAUUAAAAAUUUCCCUCAAUUUUAAUUUUUCAAAAGCUCAAAAAAGUUUCAUAGCUCACUAAAUCUUACCUUCUAUCUAAACAAAUCAAUAUUCAUAUUUUUACAACCUCAAAAAUUGUCAAAACACUUCUCAAUCUAUAUUUAUUUAUUGUAAAUCUAUCUAUCCAAAUCCGAUUACAGUCAGCUGUUUCUUCUGUCUGCUUUUUCUGUGUGCGACGACUUUUUUGAUUAUUUACGGGGUUGUAAAUAAUAAUAAGAGGGAGAAAGAGGAGAAGAUGGCAAUCUUUUCUCGAAUUGUUUUUGACAAGUGUGAAAAUAUGAGCGGCCCGCGCAUGUUGAGAUUUAUGAUAGAGGAGAAGAAGAGUGGGAUUGGGUAGAUUGAGUUAGAGGUGUCCUCCGGGAGACAAUAUUCGACAAAAGUAGGAUUAAAAAAUGAGGGGGAAUUGUUUUUUGAGAAGGGGAUUUUUCGGAAAAAUAGUGAUUUUUUGAUUGUUCGUUUCUUUUAAAAUUUUGAGUUUUAUAACAAAAUUUUGAAUCUAAAUCGCAUAACCACAUUUUUCAAUAGUCUAUUUUGGGAAGAUCAAAAUAUUCUGAACCAUUUUGGCACCAAACUAUCCAAUUCUGAUCUGAUUCCAAAAAUUCUUUGAACUUCACAUCACUCAAGUACAUUCGCUGCGAGACCUGACCCAUACAGCACCUCUUCCCUUCUACAAAUUCAACUCCCAAUAUUUUCCAAUUAUUUUUCCAGGUGGACAUCGUGGCGAAAAACGACAAAGAACUGCAUAUACUAGGAAUCAAGUGUUAGAAUUAGAAAAAGAAUUUCAUACUCACAAAUAUUUGACGAGAAAACGACGAAUUGAAGUUGCUCAUUCAUUAAUGCUAACAGAAAGACAGGUAUUUGCUCGCUUUGUUUUUUGAACUGAAUUCUGUUCAAAUUAUCGAUUUUCAGGUGAAGAUUUGGUUUCAAAAUCGAAGAAUGAAGCAUAAAAAAGAGAAUAAGGUAAGCGAUUUUGUUCGAUUUUUUUUUGAAAAUUGCGCACAUAUGUUCCCAUUUAUCACGAAUUGAAAAGUGUGUAAAUGGACAGAGAAACUAGAGAGAGAAAGAAAAAGAAAGGGCAUGAUUAAUUGUAAUUGUGGUCGAUGAAAAGUCGCAAAAUAUUUAGACAGACAACAAAAUUGAGCCGGCCAUUCAAAUGAUUAAUGUAACAGGUGCAAUAAUUUAUGCGAGCGCGGAAGGACCGAGGAAAAGAGAACGAUGUAUUUAGAUAGAAAUUUAGGAGAAAAACAAAUGAAGAAAGAAAAUUCAGAUGUUUAACAAUAAAAAUUUUGAAGUUCUUAAAAAUCUGCAAAAAAAAUUGAGUGAAAACAGGUUACAGUAACCCCUAUUUUUUUAUACUCAAAGGUUUCUGAUUGCAUUUUCUUCAUAGUUUGAAAAAAGUUUAGAAAAUUAUAUUUUAAUACAUUUUAUAGCUGUCAAAAUGUUACUGGUACAAAUUUUGUAGGAUUUCUAGUAGCUCUAGAUCUCACAAUUUUUGUAAGCUGUCCGUUUUUUGACGCGUUUCCAGCAGAUCUAAAUUUUACUGACGCAUUUUCAGAAGGUUUGCAUAGGAAUUCAAGGCCACAUUUUCAAAUUAAGUCAAAUUUUGAUUUGUAGAUUCUGAAUUUCACUUUAAAAAAAUUUUCUUUGAGAAAUUUGAGCUCACUCUGAAAAUUCAAUUUUUUAAUAUUUCGAAUUUUCUAUUGAGCUCAAAUUCCAUAUUUUUAUAGAUCAACUAACUUUAAAAAUAUUUUUUGAAACUGAAAAUUUUAGAUCGCGCUGAACAUUCAUUCAUUUUUCAUUUCCAACGUCAAAUCCUAUAUUUUUUCAGGAUAAACCAAUGACUCCUCCAAUAAUGCCAUUUGGUGCAAAUCUUCAAUUUACCCCAUUCCGUUUUCCACUUUUCAAUCAAUUCUAG